GGCGAGCGGCAGUGAGAGAGAUGCGGUCAAAACGCCAUGAGUGACGAGAGGGGGCAGUAACCUCCGCAAUUAAUCAACUCUCGUCUCCCGUUGGCCGUUGCCGGCGAGCCGGCGACUCCGCCCUCGCCGCUGCCCAUCGGCUCGUAAUGGCGGCGGAGAAGCGCCUCGCAUACGCGGCCUUCCUCCCCGUGCUCCUACUCACGCUCCGCAUCCUGCCCUCCGAUUCCCCCAACGGCAGCGGCGGAGGCGAUGGGGGGCAAACCCUAGACCCGCCGGCGGCCAGGUACGUUGUGCGGUUCGUGGAGUACCGCCGCGCGGAGGAGCACCGGGAUUACCUGGAGGCCGGGCUCCGGGGCGCCGAGGCGCCGUGGCGGUGGGUGGAGCGGCGGAACCCCGCGGCCGCGUUCCCCACCGACUUCGCGGUGCUCGAGAUCCGUGACGAGCACCGCGACGCCGUCGUGGAGGCCGUCCGAGCGCUCGGCCGCGUCCGGGACGUGCACGCCGACGCCACCUACUCCCGGGGCGUCCUGUCGGCGGAUCUGCCGCCGCGGCAGGGGAAGCUGUUCACCGCCAUGUCGUUUGAGGGGGAGGAGGAGGGAGGGGGAGAAAAGGAUGUGGUGUGCAGCCGGAAGAGUAAUUCUUCUUCCGCUACUUCGGGGCGGAAGCUUUUGUUGCAGAGGUCACAAGUUACAUCUCUUUUCGGAGCUGAACGGCUAUGGGGAAGAGGAUUCACUGGUAAAAAAGUCAAAAUGGCCAUUUUUGACACCGGUAUUCGGGCUGAUCAUCCACACUUCCGUAAUAUUAAGGAGCGCACAAAUUGGACAAAUGAAGACACGCUAAAUGAUAAUCUUGGACAUGGAACAUUUGUAGCAGGAGUUAUCGCUGGCCAAGAUGCAGAAUGCCCUGGAUUCGCGCCUGACACUGAGAUAUAUGCAUUUCGAGUGUUUACAGAUGCUCAGAUAUCCUACACAUCAUGGUUCUUAGAUGCAUUUAAUUAUGCAAUAGCAAUCGGUAUGGAUGUCUUGAAUUUGAGCAUUGGUGGACCUGAUUACCUGGAUCUCCCCUUUGUGGAAAAGGUCUGGGAGCUCACAGCAAACAAUAUUAUUAUGGUAUCAGCUAUUGGAAACGAUGGGCCUCUUUAUGGCACAUUAAAUAACCCAGCUGAUCAAAGCGAUGUCAUUGGCGUUGGUGGUAUCGAUUACAACAAUCAUAUAGCUUCAUUUUCCUCUCGAGGCAUGACUACCUGGGAGCUUCCUCAUGGUUAUGGUCGUGUGAAACCCGAUGUUGUUGCAUAUAGUCGUGAUAUAAUGGGUUCGAAGAUCAGCACAGGUUGUAAGACCCUUUCAGGCACCAGUGUUGCAAGUCCAGUGGUUGCUGGCGUAGUAUGCUUGCUUGUUAGUGUUGUACCUGAAGACAAACGGAAAUCCAUCCUUAACCCUGCUGCUAUGAAACAGGCCCUUGUUGAGGGUGCUUCUAAGCUUUCAGGGCCAAACAUGUAUGAGCAGGGUGCUGGCAGGCUUGAUCUCUGGCAGUCAUACGAAAUCUUGAAAAAUUACCAACCACGUGCAAGCAUAUUUCCAUCUAUGCUUGACUUCACCGGCUGCCCUUAUUUCUGGCCUUUCUGCCGCCAACCUCUGUAUGCUGGAGCCAUGCCAGUAAUCUUCAAUGCUACAAUUCUGAAUGGGAUGGGGGUGAUUGGUUAUGUUAAGGAUCAACCUCUAUGGCAACCUUCUGAGGAUGUAGGCAAUCUUCUUAGUGUUCACUUCACCUACUCAGAUGUCAUCUGGCCUUGGACAGGGUACCUUGCUCUACACUUGCAAGUUAAAGAUGAAGGUUCUCAAUUUUCAGGCGUAAUUAGUGGCAAUGUUACUCUGACAGUUAACAGCCCAGCAGCUCAUGGAGAAAGCAGCCCACGAAGUAGUACUUGUGUUCUUUACCUGAAGAUCAAGGUUGUUCCAACACCUGUUAGGUCAAGAAGAAUACUCUGGGACCAAUAUCAUAAUAUCAAGUACCCAUCGGGAUAUGUUCCAAGGGAUUCCCUUAAUGUUCAUAACGAUAUCCUUGACUGGCAUGGUGACCACUUGCACACAAACUUUCACAUACUGUUCAACAUGCUAAGAGAUGCAGGGUACUAUAUUGAAACACUUGGUUCACCACUUACCUGCUUUGAUGCUAGCAAUUAUGGGACAUUGCUUAUGGUUGAUCUUGAGGAAGAGUACUUUGAUGAAGAGAUUCAAAAACUUACGAAUGAUGUUGUACACAAGGGACUCGGUGUUGCUGUUUUUGCUGAGUGGUAUCAUGUUGAUACAAUGGUUAAGAUGACAUUCUUUGAUGAAAAUACCCGCAGUUGGUGGACUCCGAUUACUGGGGGUGCAAAUAUUCCUGCACUUAAUGAACUUUUGGCACCAUUUGGCAUUUCUUUGGGGGACAAAAUACUUACUGGCGAUUUCUCAAUCAAUGGUGAGCAGACCCACUAUGCUUCUGGAACUGAUAUAGUGCAAUUCCCAGCGGGAGGUUUUUUGCAUAGCUUUGAACUUCAGGAAAACUCAAAGACUGCGCAAGAUCACAUAGGAACACUAGAUACACAACACACCCAGGGGAAAAGCAAGCUCUCCUCGAUUCUUGGAAUGAUAGAAGCAGGAGAAGGGAGGAUUGCAGUCUAUGGCGAUUCAAAUUGUCUUGACAGUAGUCACAUGGUAACAAACUGCUAUUGGCUUUUGAAAAAAAUUGUGGAGUUCACUGGCAAUAGAGUGAAAGAUCCCAUCCUUUUCUCAGAAGCAGCCAAGUUAAAAUUUCCAGUCUUUGAGAGCAUCCAUCAGCCAUCACGUAGACCAGAUGUAAACUUUUCAAUGUAUUCAACAGUCGUUGGCAAGGAAUUGAUCUGUCACCAGGAUUCCCGGUUUGAGGUUUGGGGAACAAAAGGUUAUGUCAUCCACCCAACAGGCACAACAAGAAAGCUCCCAGAAUACCAGAUGGAUGAAGGUUCUAGCACUUCCAAUCUGACAAUAAAAGCUUAUGACAAUGGACAAGAUGAAAUUGGCCUUGAAAGAAAUUUUUCAACACCUGAUGCUGCUAAAUUUGACGAUAAAAGAGACUAUUUUGGCUUUGUUGGACAUGAAGAGGUUGACAUAGGAAUGUUAACGGCAAGCCAAUGGAUGGUACCUUGCUUCGUUGCCACUUCUUGCCUAAUGUUGUACCUCAGUUGUAGAGUGCAACAAAAGCGUCGUCGGCGAAGGAAAGGGUCAGUGGCUAAUCGGCUAACAAGUAUGGUGUAACAUGAAACAUUGUUGGAGGGCUGAAUAUGAGUUUUAGCGGCUACGUUUAUGGCCUCCAGCCCUGGUUAGAAAACAGGGAACUCCAUUUUCUCAACAUGAUAGAAGUUGCUGGAGAUUCCUGAUCUCUGAUCUUUCCCACCACCUGAUGCGGCCCAUCUAGACGCAUUUUAGCUUAGCGACUGGUGGCACUUGGCUAACAUCUUCUGAGCUUAAGAGAGAUGAUCUGUCGCUUCUGCAACUGCAUGGAAAGCUUAUUGUGUGUCAACAUACAGGCGUUGCGACAUCGCCAUGUAGUUGUUUGUAGUUAUUCGAAAUUUUGUCCUUGAUAACGCAUUGCUUUAGCCACAUAAUCGUUGAGAGCUAAUUCUUUGGGUAUCAGGCAAGAGCUAAUUCUUUGCCAUCUCCUUCACUUGGAAGUUAGGAUAUGUUUUGAGGUGAAGGGGAUUUGAGCUUCUCUGUAGGUCCGUAAGUGAUAAGCCGCUAUCGGGGUAGCUUGAGCUUGCUUUUACAAACAAGGCUUAGGCUUCUUGGCAUGUUGUUUAUAAAGAGAAUUUUAUAGUGUUGAAAGGAAGCAAACUGUUUGUAACAAGAAGGCAGAUUGGCGCACUACGCCAAACCUCGGAUCUCAGAACACUUACUUUCUUGAGUUACAGUAUCUGUUGAAGGAAGCAAUCCAU